AGCGCGGCGCGCCUGUCGCGUCCCGCGUGUCCUGGGCAGCCGUGCCAGGUGAGGCCCGAAGCGGUUUCCUUGUGUCCUGCCCAGCCGUGCCAGGUGAGGUCCGAAGCGGUUUCCCUGUGUCCUGCCCAGCCGUGCCAGGUAAAAGGACACAGAAGAGAAGAUGGACUGGGGAACCCUGCAGGGUGUUUUGGGAGGUGUGAAUAAGCACUCCACCAGUAUCGGGAAGAUAUGGCUCACAGUCCUCUUCAUCUUCCGUAUCAUGAUCCUGGUUGUGGCUGCAGAGAGAGUCUGGGGAGAUGAACAACAAGAUUUUGUCUGCAACACGCUUCAGCCUGGCUGCAAAAAUGUUUGCUAUGAUCACUUUUUCCCCAUCUCUCACAUCAGACUCUGGGCCCUGCAGCUGAUCUUUGUCUCCACCCCUGCGCUGCUGGUGGCCAUGCAUGUGGCUUACACCAGGCAUGAGAAGAAAAGGCGGUUCAGAAACGGUGAGAAAAUUGAUAUUGAAGAGCUAAAAAAUCAAAGGCUUCACAUUCGGGGCCCCUUGUGGUGGACAUACACCAGCAGCAUCUUCUUCAGGAUCAUCUUUGAGGCUGUCUUCAUGUACGUGUUCUAUUACAUGUACGAUGGCUUCCAGAUGCCCCGCCUGGUGAAGUGCGACGCUUGGCCCUGCCCCAACACUGUGGAUUGUUUCGUGUCUCGGCCCACUGAGAAAACCACGUUUACUAUUUUCAUGCUUGCUGUAUCUGGGAUCUGCAUGAUGUUGAAUCUGGCUGAGUUGUGCUACCUAGUGAUAAAAGUUUGCACAAAAGAAUCUGGGAAAGCAACAGUUUUGAAAUAAGUCCCCGGGUUCAGGAUUUACUGGUUCCCCAUUUCCCUUCAGCUUUCUUAGGUGUAAGAAAACAAUAAACAAUAUUUUCAUACUCAAGGAAAGGAUAAAAAAUGAAUGUUCUGUUGUGUUUUAAAACUGAUAGCCUCCCUGGGAAG